GUUUCGGCUGUUGUGAGUUACUGCUGCCUAUGGGCCGUCGUAAGCGAUGUCAAUUUGGCUUGCGCUGCUUCUUUUGGCCAUCUUUUGGCUGCUCUGCUUGAUUUUCUCUCUUGCACAUCGUCAUGCAACACUUCUUUCUGGACCCGUUCUGUUGGUCACUGCACAUCCUGACGACGAGUCCAUGUUCUUCGCUCCCACUUUACUUCACCUGCACGCCGCAGGGGUGCAGACACAUUUGCUGUGUUUCUCAACCGGCAACCACGAAGGUUUGGGUUCCAUCCGGCAACAAGAGCUGAGUGACGCUGCGAAACGAUUACACCUACAUCACAUUUGCGUCAUUGAUCGGCCCACGGAAUUUCCAGACGAUCCUCAUCAACCUUGGCCACUGUCUUCCAUCGUGGAUGAGGUGCAAUCCACCUGUUCACUUUGGGGCAUACAAACAGUGAUCACUUUCGACGAGUACGGUGUGAGCGGUCACAGUAAUCACCGCGCUCUCUCUUCUGCACUUCGGUGUGCGCAACAGAACUAUGACCACACAAGCCCUCUCCCUAGUAUUUACUACCUGCAGUCUUUGCCGAUAACCCAAAAAUAUUGCCCUAUAAUAGACGCAUUUAUUAGUAUAAUCAUUUCCAAGCACCAGCUUAUUUUAUGCACUCCAUGGCACUUAUUAACCACUCCUUACACCGCCAUGAUAUCCCAUUGGUCUCAAAUGGUUUGGUUUCGAUGGUUUUAUAUCCUCUUCUCUGUCUACAUGUACAAAAACGUGCUCAUAUCAAGUCACUAAACUGUAUCGUUGGGUUUUGCCGUUCAACCAUAGAUCUCUUUGUGCAAUCUCGGCCUUUUUAUCUUCGUCUGUCACCAACAAUCGUAUCAGCUCAUCUUGGUACUUGUGGACUCCGUG